AUGUCUGACAUUUUGGGAAAGUUUCGUAUUUGCGAUACGAUUGACACGAAUAUGAAAAAUAAAAUCAAAUUAUUUCACGUUUUCAAUGACUAUAAUAACGAUAAGAAUAUAUUAUUUGUCACAAACGAUGACACCGUCUAUGGUUUAGGGGCUAAUAAUAACGGGUGUCUGGGUUUGGGCCACAAAAAUGCCGUCAAAACACCACAAACUAUACCGCAAUUACGCGGACAACGGAUCCGACAGUUUAUCAAUGGCUCGGACUUUGUGUUGGCUAUGAAUGAGAACAACCAUGUGUUCAGUUGGGGGCGCAAUGAGUGGGGACACACUCCCUGGCCAUCACCACCGAUGGACAGGUGUACGGGUGGGGCGAUAAUGAAUGGGGACAAUUGGGGUGAUAAUGGUUACCAUCAGACUGGACACGAUAUCACCGGUGAUAUAUUGUUACCCAAAUUGAUCCCGGUGUUAAAUGACAUCAAAUCAAUCGACACAGUUUUCACAGAGUUAUCGACCAUAGGAUCGGGAGCUUUUGGUACACAUAGAUUCGAUGAUCACAUAUAUGCCGUCAAAAGAUUGGAAAUUAGAGACUUUACCGACGAAUAUAUGCAUAAAAUUCUGAAUGAAGUGAAGAGUUUAGGAAAAGUUCGUUCAGAAUAUGUGGUCCAGUAUUACAACUCAUGGCCCGAAGGCAAACACCUCUACAUUCAGAUGGAGUUCUGUUCACAGAAUUUAAGGAAUAUUCUUGAAGUGAAACCACAAGUAUUUGGUCGACAAUUAGGAGAAGCCAUGGAUUGUGUCGAGUAUUUCAUUUCGUGUGAAAUAUUGCGACAAAUCUUAGAAAGUGUUCAUUAUUUGCAUGAAUUGAAUCCACAAAUUAUUCACAGAGAUCUCAAACCAGAAAACAUAUUAAUUACUGAAAAUGUAAGGAACGGUAGAUUUGUUAAGUUAUGUGACUUUGGUUUAGCUGUCGAGCACCAGACGGCAUCUCAGAGUCACUCAAUAUGUAAGGGAACUCCUAAAUAUAUGGCGCCAGAAUUGUAUCAAUCAAAAUACACCAACAAAGUCGAUAUUUUUAGUUUAGGUAUCCUUUCAAUGGAAUUGUUUGAUAUAAUUCUAAAUCCGUCAAAGACAGCACCGGUUCCUCCCGAUAGACAAACACCGGUUGACUGGAGUCCCAAACUAUAG